CAGCAAAAUUUCCCCGUUCUUGCUUCCCCUCCGUGUCCACUCUCGAUCUUCCCUUCCCCCUCGGCGCCGGUCUCCAAACCCGCUUCCGCAAUUCGUACCGCUUCCGGUUCCGGGGGCGGGCGGGCAGCACCGUCUCGGCUCUCGGAUACUAUGGCUUCCGGCGAGGGGUGGGAGGCGGCGGUGCGGGCGGAGGUGGGCGCCGUUGCCUGGUGGGACGACCUGGACAGCGCCGACCUCCGCGCCAGGUUCAAGGCCUUCACGGGGCAGCGCAGCGACUGGCCUCAGCCCACGGUCCUCUUCUGGAAGGACCUUCUCCUCCGCGUCGCCAGGCGACUCCGCGUCUGCUCCGCCCCUGCCCACCACGUGACGAGCGCUUGGUUCGCGCGCCCCGGGGGGCUCACGCCGCUAUGCUUGCCGCAAGUUCUGGUCUGCCCGUCGAAGAGAUGCGUGCGGAUGGGGACGUACUGCUGAAAUCCGAGCUGAUUGAUCCAUCCUCAACGAACCUGCACCAGCUGGUCAGGAGGGUGAGACUCAUGACCAUCAGCUCCAGGAAGGCGGUUUGGCAGGAGGAUAUCCUCGUGUUCAAAUUGUUGAUUGAGGAACGAGCUGCCGAUAUUGCUAGGCAAUUGAGUGACUCUCAUUGGACAUCGACAUGUGUUGUCACGAUUAGCAAAUUCAAUAGCUUCUUUGUUGACAUGGAUGAUGCUCAUAUUGCAUUAUGUUUUUUGACGCAACAUGGGAAAGCUAGGUACCUUUUGGGCAGGAAACAAGACCCUAUUGAGUUGGAUUCAUGCCUGCAGGGUGUCAAGGUUGCACUCACUGCUUCACAAGUUCCUGCUGUAUCCAAACUUGACCAUGACACCUUGCACUUAGUCUGGACAGAAGAGAAGUUGCAAGAACAGCUUGAUGUGCUUGAUCGACGAUGGGAGAUUUCAAGGCGAAGGGCAUUGGCAUCCUUCAAGUCUGGAGAUAAACUAGCUGCUUAUCGUUAUGUGAGGCAGUCUAAAUUAUUCUCACAAAGCCGGAGCAGAUGCACACAGUUGUUGGAAAGGAUUGAAGAAGUCAUCAGCCUAAUUGCUAGUGCUGAAUCAAAUAAGAAGGUUUAUGAGGCAAUACAAAUUGGUAUCCUGGCAAUGAAGGACAACACUGUCAGCAUAGAUGAGGUUAACAUCCACAUGAAGGAGAUUGAUGAGCUUGUUGCUGCACAAAGAGAAGUUGAUGCUGCCCUUGUACCACUCCAGUCGUUAGAUGAUGAAGGAGAUAUUGAUGAAGAGUUCAGCAAGCUUGAAGCAGAAUUGCAGGAUGACGUCCCUCAUAUUCAUGUUCAAGAACCAAUGGCACCUUCCAACGAGGAAUCACCUGAUGAAGUGGUUGAAUCAUUGAGCCAUAACAUGUCAAGAAUUAGACUGGAGCCCAUCUAAAUGCUCCAUUUUACGUUUAAUCAAUUUGACCUGUACAUAGUGUGAUCUAGUCAAAUCAUCUAGUCCCAACAAUGUGUCUUAUGUUUCUUGUUACACCAUCCUUAUAAAAGGGCAAUUCUGUUGCAGAUAUUCCUCAAUGUUGCCUGCUGUUUUAUUGAGCCUCCAUGGUUCACCUCCUACAUUUUUUUUGAAACGGUGGUUUCAAUACCCUAAAAACUUAGUUCAUAUACUGUUUGAUGCAUAUCGUUUAGUGACUGGCAUUUUACUUUAUUUUCUCGAUUUCAGCGCUUAUGCUGUCCAUAAAUUUAGUUAUUUUCAGUGCA